UAAUAAUAUCAUUUCGUACCGCGAUAUCGAGCCGUGUUCUAUAUUAAUUUAUCAAAUUAAUGAAAAAUAACCAUAAAUAGUUAUCAGAUUAUAUAAUAUAUAUACGGCAUAAAGUAACCAAAAUGCACAUAUAGCUGAAUUUAAAAUACAAAUGUGUUCCAAUAUAAAUUUAAUUUUACGACAAAAGUUUUGUAUGAAAAUGUUUUGAGUGGUGUAUUAAUAUAAUUGUAAUUAUGCGUGUGAAUCUACGCAAAAUCAUUUUAAUAAGCGGUGGAUUCAUCUUGCUAUGGCUUGUCGUUUCCUAUUCCUCGUUUUUCGUUCCCGUCUCAAAGAAACGGGGAAAUAUUGACAAAAUAGAAACAGAAUUAGACAAUUUACAAAAUAAAAUGUUAGAUCAGUUAAGUGAUAGCUAUAAAUUGUUAGAUAAAGUUAAACAGCAUCUCAGGAAGACUGAUCAUCAAGAGAUUUCAAAAGAUUCACCAAUACCCGGGAACCGAGAUGGUUUUGUACAAACUGGCAAGGGUCCUGUCCUGCCGAUUUUAGUGAUAGCGUGCGACAGAGUCACGGUCAGGAGGUGUUUGGACAAUUUAGUGAAAUUCAGACCAGACAAAAAUACAUUUCCUAUUAUUGUUAGCCAGGACUGUGGCCACAAUGAGACCUACCAAAUAAUAAAAUCGUAUACGGACACCGAUCCUACCAUAACGGUAGUGAGACAGCCAGACCUGUCAGAGAUUCCUCUCACCAGGGCCAAAGUGAAGUUCAAAGGGUACUACAAAAUAGCGAGGCAUUUCAGGUUCGCGUUGAACUACGUGUUCGUAACUCUGAAACACGAGGCUGUGAUCAUUGUUGAAGAUGAUCUGGACAUUUCGCCGGACUUCUUUGAAUAUUUCCUCGGGACAUACCCUCUGUUGUCCAAAGAUCCGACGAUAUGGUGUAUAUCAGCGUGGAACGACAAUGGAAAGAAGCAGUUAAUAGAUCUAUCUCGGCCGGAGCUCCUUCAUAGGACGGAUUUCUUCCCAGGACUUGGAUGGCUCCUGAAGAGGGAGACCUGGUUACAGCUGGAACCGAAAUGGCCGCAAGCCUUCUUUGACGAUUGGCUCCGUGACCCAGAGAACACACAAGGUCGGGCUUGCAUCAGACCGGAAGUAUCAAGGACGUACAGCUUUGGAAAGGUGGGCGUCAGUAAAGGACUGUUUUUCGAUAUGCAUCUGAGAUAUAUGCAGUUGAACAUGGAAUACAUAGAGUUCACCAAGCUGAACCUCACCUACUUACUUAAGGAUGUUUACGACGAUCACCUCACGACGCUAGUGGCGUCACUUCCGGAACAGACAGCUGAGGAGGCGAAGUCGCGAUCGGGAGUCGAACCCGUUAAAGUGACUUACACCAGCGCGAAAACCUACCAGAAGGCGGCCAAGAAAUUAGGACUCAUGGAUGAUUUUAGGAGUGGCAUACCUCGUACAGCCUACCGCGGCAUAGUGACGUGUUACAUCCAAGGAAGAAGAGUUUACCUCGCGCCCGGGUACCAAUGGACCAAAUAUGACCCAACGUGGGGGUGAAAGUAACCCCGCCCGGGGUAAAAACGUCACCAAUUACCCCGGUCCAGGGUAAUGACUAUCGUUACCCAUAGCGGCUGAAAUUUUACUAAUUACCCACAGGUGUUGAUGAAUAGAGACUACUGCUAGGCAUUGGGUGGAAUCUACCCUCCGGCUAUAUAGUCAUUUAUAUUUGGACACGUUUUCAUAUACUAAACAGAAAUGUAAACAAAAAAAUACGACUGGAAAGAUAUUUUCUUACGUUGUUGCUGUUUAUAAAGACGGAGGAAAGUUAUACAGCUGUCGAACAUAUAUUAAGGCUUAGACAAACGUGUGAUGCGAGGGCUCAAUAUUAGUUCAAAAGUCACUUCCCUUUGGUAGAAAUUACGAAAUAAAUUUCACGUAAAAAUGUUCAGUGAAUCAGUAUGUUAAACCUCGCGUCUAACAGAAGUUACGGAGUGACUGGCGCCCAAAAUUUUUUUACUUUUAUAACAAUUGUAAAUAUCAAAUAAUUAGGGAAAAAAAUAUUAAUAAAUUAUGAUAAAAUGAUUCUAAAUGAAAGUAAAACGAUCGUGUUUUCGCGUUCGGAAACUUAAAAACUUUAAAAUUAUUCUUGUUGUGACGCUUUUUUUUUUUAAUUACUCGUAAACUAUCCUCCAUUUUAAAUUUAAAUAAAUACUAUAAGGCUGUGAACUCAUUAUAUAAUAACCUCAUCGCUAUGUAAAGACUGACACACAUGCAGGCAUUGAUUAAACAAACGUUUUCCUUUAAAAUCUAUUCCUUAAUAUAAUCAAAAUUAUGCUUGCCAUUUUGACAGUUGCUUUAUUUUAGCGCGAAUUUAUGACAGAUUAAAAAUGAAUAUGCGUACAGACAUGAGGUAAUAUUAUCUGUGUAAAAAUAAAAUACUUAUAUUAAAAAAAUAUAUUAAUGUUUUGUGGCAGCUAAUUAAAUUUCAGUAUAUAUAUAUAAUUUACGUUUCUACAUUCUCAUUGUAAUAUUAACAGAAAUUGUGGUAUUUAAACAAUAUAUACGUAUUCUUUUUUAUAACACCACAAUAAAACUGGCUUUAACAUUAACAUUUCAUCUAAACUUCCCACAGAGCUACAUAAAGUUAUAUACAAAGCAUUUAAUUCUUAAUUUAUUUUACGCCAUACACGUACAAUAAUGUGGUUACUUUGUUAGAUAUUGUUUAUUUUUAAUAUGUAAAUUAUUUUAUUGAUAUAUUUUAGAUUUAUUUAAUCUAUGUUACAUUAUAUUAAGAAACCGGUAGAACCUUUACGUAUAUUAAGGUGAGGCCCAGGUACAACACUAACAAUAUGAUGCUAAGAUGCAUUUGUUAUUAGUAAAUAUUGCUUUUAUAUUUUCUAAGUUAACUGUUGUUCUUUAAUUUUUUUGCGCCAAAUUUAAUGUUUUAAACUUAUAUAUAUUAUCUGUGACUCGGUAUUCCGACAACAUUAUUCUAUAGAAAAAAAAAUCUAUAAUAAUAUAAUUAAAUAGUAACAAGUGCUUCUUACAUAUAUUUUUUUUACUGAUAACGCUAAAAUUUCCGAUCCCGAUAAUUAAUUUGUCUAUACAAAAUGGGCAUUUGAAAGACAUUUGUAAUGAUACUUUUUUAAACCCAUAUAAAUAUUUUAGGUUGUCCGCCAUAUUGUAAAUUCAUUGACGUUAUCGAUCAGUGUUACCAGUUCUAAAAAGUAUCGUAUGGCCUCAUCUUAAAUAUAUUGUUUAUCGUUUCGUAAAUCUAUUUAAUAAAUAUAAUUGUUAGCUUUGAUUUUUUUUUAUAAACAAGCGAUGUACUUAAAAUGGUUCACACACGCACGUAUAUAGAUUUUGUAAAUACAGUGUUAUGUUAUAUAAAAUAUACAUAUGAUCUUGUUA